UGCUUGCGCUGGAGAAUCUUCUGUGAGUCGAUUUCCAUGGCGAGGAGAAGAGAACGAACAGAGCACAAGAAUUUUACUCUUCGAAUCUCAAUUGAGAGACGCGCGUUCGGCAAUUCAUUGGCCCAGGCGACACUCUCCGUUGGAGAAAUAAGGCCGCAGAUUUCUCUCCCAUCGCCUCACUCCUCCGCCUCUACACUCUUCUCUUCCUUCAGUCUCUUCGAUUCGCCCCGUCCUUCACCGUCGGUUUCUCCCAACUGCGCAGCUUCCUUGGUUUUUGACUCCGGACUGCAUUCCACUGGACGCAGACGGAUUUGUAUAGCUAUGGUUCAGCAGGCAGCUCAAGGAGCUCCGGUGAUUUAUGCUAAGGAGAUGGAGAGACUCUCUGCUAAGGAAUCGCUGCUGUUGGCUCUGGAUCUUAUCAGAGGCUCACGAUGAUUUCUUAUCUUGGUGUGGAAAUUCUAAGUUUCAAUUGCUUUGGGGAAUGGAUGAUGAGCUUGACCAGCUGAAACAUACUCUUUCAGCCAUGGAAGCUGUGCUUCUUGAUGCAGAGGAGCAACAAUCCAAAAGCCAUGCAGUGAAGAAUUGGAUUUCACGGGUCAAAGAGGCUUUCUAUGAUGUUGAUGACUUGAUUGACGAGUUCGCGUAUGAAACCUUGAGGCGGCAAGUUAUCACCAAAGGUAAAAGAGGAGCGAAAGAGGUACGUGAAGUUUUCUCUAUACCUCAUCAGGUUGCAUUUCGAUUUGAAAUGAGUCACAAAAUUAAAGACAUUAAAGAGAAACUGAAAGCUAUUGAUGUUGAUAAAAGUCAAUUCCAUUUCUCUGAGCGUAUGAUAAAUAUUCGAGAUGAUGAGCUGAGGAAGAGUCGAGAGACUUCCUCUUUUAUAUGUGAUGAUGAAGUGGUGGGUAGGGAUGAUGAUAGAAAAGCAAUUAUAGAUCUUCUCCUAAAUACAGAUACUAAUGACAAGGAGAACGUUGCUGUGAUUGCCAUAGUUGGUAUGGGAGGAUUAGGAAAGACUGCACUUGCUCAAUCUGUCUACAAUAAUGAAUACAUAACAAAGCAUUUUGAGUUGAAAUUAUGGGUGUGUAUUUCUGAAGACUUUGAUGUAAAGGUUAUCGUUGAAAAGAUUAUAGAGUCUGCAACAACAAAGAAACCUGAGAUCCUUCAAAUGGAUUUGUUGCAAAGUGAACUUAGAAGACAUAUUGAUGGGAAAAAGUACUUGCUCAUCAUGGAUGAUGUGUGGAAUGAAGAUCACGAAAAAUGGGUUACUCUCAAAAGAUUAUUAAUGGGUGGUGCACCAGGCAGUAGAAUUUUGAUCACAACGCGUCCUCAACGAGUUGCAGAGACUUUUGACACAACUUCAUCAUAUGCUUUAGGAGUAUUGGACGACAAAAGUGCUUGGUUAUUGUUUAAAAAAAUGGCUUUUGGAGGUGAAGAAUCAGAAAAAGAACUUGAAAAUUCAAAACUAAUCGAAAUUGGCAAGGAGAUUUUGGUAAAGUUAAAAGGUCUUCCUCUUGCAAUAAGAACAAUAGGACGUCUUCUACAUGCCAAAAAACCAGAACAUCAUCUCUGGUUGGCUUUCAAGGAAAAUGAGCUUUCUCGAGUUUUAGAGCAAAGAGAGGAGGCACAAUUCAUGCUAUCAAUACUGGAGCUUAGUUUUAACCAUCUCCGGUCUAGUUUGAAGCAAUGUUUUUUAUAUUGUGCUUUAUUUCCCAAGGAUUAUAACAUUCAAAAGGAUGAAGUGAUAAAGCAAUGGGUGGCACAAGGUUUCGUUCAAUCAAUUGGCAUAAUUGAGCCGUAUGAUAUUGGUGAAGAUUAUUUCAUGGAAUUAUUAUCAAGGUCAUUCUUUCAAGACGUCACAAGAAAUGAAAUGGGUAUCGUAACAGAGUGUAAGAUGCAUGAUUUGAUACAUGAUCUUGCUUGUUCAAUAGUAAAAAAUGAAUAUGUUUCUAUGGGUGUGAAUGAUAGCACUGUCAUUGACAGAACCCGACACAUCUCAAUUUACCAUAGAUUCAGUAUGAAAUUGGAAUCCAUAAAAUUAUUGUUUGAGGCAAAAAAUUUAAGGACAUUAAUUAUUGAUGCUCGAGAUAAGGAUUGCCGGAAAGUCCUUAACCUAAUCCCUCUCAAAUUUUUGCGAUUAAGGACAUUGAGUUUGAAUUUUAGCUAUGCUAUUACUUCAAAAGUAUUGCCAAGAGCUAUUGGCAAGUUGAAACAUUUAAGAUAUCUGAAGAUACGUCUAUUCGAACUUCAAUUCCUUCCGAAUUCGAUAACUAAGUUGUAUAAUUUGGAAACACUUGUCCUUGAUGACUGUAAACUUUUACAAGAGUUGCCGAGAGAUGCAAAAAAUUGGAUGAAGCUGAGGUAUCUAAGCCUUGCUAGAAAUAAGGAGAUAAAAUAUCUUCCAGAUUCUAUUGCUGCAUUGCACAAUUUGGAAACACUCAUCCUUCAAGAUUGUUCUCUAUUAAAAGAAUUGCCAAAAGAUAUUAAAAAAUGUGUCAACCUUAAGCAUCUUGAUUUACGUGGGUGCCAUGCUUUGACUCAUAUGCCUAAAGGAUUAGGAGAGCUUACUCGUCUUCAAACAAUGAAUUUGUUUGUACUCAAGAAAGAUAUUGGUUGUGAUUUAAGCGAGUUGAAUAGACUUGACAAGUUGAAGGGAUCAUUGACCAUUAAAGGUUUGGAAGUUUGUACAACGGAUGAUUUGGAAAAGAGUUCUUUUAACUUGCGAUUGAUGUCGGGUGUUCAAGAGUUAAAGCUAGUUUGGAACAAUUCAAAAGAUGAGCAUAUGAAUAUUGUCCUGGACAAUGAGGGCAAAGGGGUUUUACAAUGCUUACAGCCACAUUCAAAGGUUCGAAAUAUAGAUAUAUGCGGAUAUCGAGAAGUCAGACUAUGUGAUUGGCUAUCUUCUAAUACCCUUAUUCACUUGGUCAGCAUAAAGCUUUCAGAUUGCUUCAAAUUGCAAGCUCUCCCACAAUUUGAUCAAUUUCCUUUUCUCAAGCAUUUGAGUCUCAAAUCAUUACCCAACAUUGAGUACAUGGACAACAACAACGAAUAUUCUUCAUCAUCAAUGUUUCUUCCAUCUCUUGAGAAAUUAAGCCUUAUAGACAUGCACAAUUUAAAAGGAUGGUGGAAGGGUGAAACUUCAUCAGAAGCUUCUCCCGACAAUGCAUCAUUUCCUAUAACAAUGUCUUGCAUCAUUUCCUAUAACAAUGUCUUGCCUUUGUGAACUUGAGAUCGAUGCUUGUCCUCAUUUGGCUUCAAUUCCUUGGCGUGCACCAUUGAAGUCGCUGCAACUGAGUGCAAUUAGUUCACAACUACUUAAUAUGGUAAUUGAAAUGACUCUCAAUCAUUGUGUUGAAGAGUCUUCUUC